AUGCGAUAUCCACCGUUCUUCCGCCCCCCAAAAACCAGAGGUGGCCGUGCUACCCGUCCUGCAGCCCCAGCUGCUGUGGUCCCCUCCAAUACUCCUGCUGCUGCUGGCACUCCUUCCAAUGCUCCUGUUCCUGCUGAUACCUCUGCUUCCACUGCUGCGUUGACCAACGCGAUGCAAGCCCUGGUUGACCAGCUUCAGAACAUCAACCCCCCAUCAACCUUUAUUACGUCUGAGAACAAGGCUUUUGUUGAGCGAAUGGUGGACAUUGCUUCCCUGGAGGAUGAAAACCUUGAGGCCAAGGACAUUGAUCUAAAGACGGGUGACGACAUGAUCAAGGUACAGCUUCUCCUCCAGGCCCUGGACGCCCGGUCUACUGAAAGCAUUGAUUCGAGAGCUUUUCGCAUCUCCCAACAAAUAUCUUCUUAUCCCUUUCCAUUAACCUGUAAAAUGGCCACAGUGCUGCCGUUAGCCUCUAAACGAUACCACCCAUUCCGAUGA